AUGACAGGGAAGGAGGGAGCUGUGCUUUCAGACACCGAGAAUAAACAGAAAUCUGCCACACACACCAGCGUGAACCACGGUGGAUCCCAGCAGCCGCCUCCAGUCUGGAAGAUGCCCCCUACGGUGCACCGGCGCACCGGCUUCGGGAUCCAGGAGCUGCUCGGCCUCAACAAGGAGCCGCCGGCGGCACCGAGGCGGCCGCUGGAGGCUCUGCCGCACAGGGCGCACGUCCUGGCCGCCAGGUCGGCCCUAGGACACGGGGGUCUCGGGGUCGGUAUGGGUUUGCUGGGACCGGAGGGAAUACACUCGUUUUACAGCCAGCCUGCGUUUCUGGAGGUGCUGUCAGAGGCGCAAAAUGUGCACCUGCAGCCGCUGCACAGAGCGGCGCACAUGGACGCGCAGAUAGACGCGCAGCACUCCGCCAGCUCCGAUUCUGAUGACAUGAGUCUUUCCUCCGGUGAUCAAAAGUUCUCUAAAUCCUCCAUGAAUCAGAGCAAGAAGAGGAAGAAAAGGCGACAUAGAACCAUUUUCACUUCCUAUCAGCUGGAGGAGCUGGAGAAAGCUUUUAAUGAAGCUCACUAUCCAGACGUGUACGCCCGGGAAAUGCUCUCCAUGAAGACUGAGCUGCCAGAGGACAGAAUACAGGUGUGGUUUCAGAACCGCAGGGCCAAGUGGAGGAAGAGGGAGAAGUGCUGGGGCCGCAGCAGCGUGAUGGCCGAGUAUGGCCUGUACGGGGCCAUGGUCCGCCACUCCAUCCCGCUGCCCGAGUCCAUCCUCAAGUCAGCCAAGGAGGGCGUCACGGACUCCUACGCUCCAUGGUUACUAGGCAUGCACAAGAAGUCCAUUGAAACCACGCACUCAUCUCCAGAGAAGCCCAGCAGCCUGACACCACCACCACCACCACCGAUGACCGAAAAACCAGAGGACAAUGCGAUGGAGGAGGAGGAGGAGGAGGAGGAGAAGCACAUGAAAGACACUAACUCGCCGAUUUCUAAGGAGGAACUGAGGGAGAACAGCAUCGCCGCGCUGCGAGCGAAGGCGCAGGAGCACAGCGCCAAGAUGCUCGGGACAGUCUCCGACAGAGCGAGCGGCCACGUCGUGACGCACAAAGAGGAAGCUGAGGACAAGGUGACGGAGCGGGAGAAGGCGGAGGUGGAGGAGUGUAACUGA